CCGACUUGCGUGGGACCGGACCGCCGCGCGCGCUCCUCGCGGACCGCGCCAUUCUGCCUACUCGCUCAUCGUCUGGACCGGGUGCCGAAGCCCCUCACGGGCCUCGUGCACCCACGUUAUGGCGUCGCCCUCUCUCACGUCCAUCAUCGAGGAGGACGUUGGCGAGUUCGUCGCGCUUGCCUCGCUCGCUGCUGCGCGCAGGCUCGUCCUCGUGGCCAAAACAACCCGUGCGCCCGCCCUCCGCCACAUCCGCACGGUUUUGUGCCGCAUCGAGAGCGAGGAGGUGAACGUCAACUGGAUCGUUGCCGCGGCGUACGAUGAGCCAUCCCUCGCGUUUGGGCACGCAUGCCAGCUGGCGGGGCUGCCACGGUGGGACGCUCUGCGGCGCACGCCGAAAGAGUACAGCCUCGUCGAGUGGGCCGUUCAGAAGCCUGCCUUUGAGGACGCGGUGAAGUUUGCCGUGCGACUGCCUCGCAUUCUGUGCGCGGUGUCGAUGACGGGCGGCUCGCUCCGGCAAAUCAUCGCGGUGCGUCACGCCAUCCUCCACCUCGCCGAGCACAUCGGAUGCACCCUUGCUGUGCAAGCGCGGCUGCAGCGGUUUGAUGGCGCGCCGGCAGACUUCGCUCGGGAUCGAGACGAGCUCGCGGCGGCGAUACGCGACUGGACCGCGCAGGCUGCGCAGGCUGACGAACCAGUUACCGGGAGCUUCUCCGUCUUGGGCUUGCCGCGCCAGCGUUUGCGCGGGUUCAAGCCUAGGACUGUCGAGUGGGCCCGCCCCAUCCCGGCCGAGGGGGUGGUGGUGGGGCGGGCGAUGACGCUGGCACUCCACCGCGCGUGCGGCACGCUCCAGCGCGGGGAGCUGGCCGCCGCCUUGCGUCAGGAGGUCACAGCCGCGCUGGAGCCUCUCGCAGAGAGCGGCACCGCUUCUGCGGCGUCACGGCUUCGCGCGCGCAUCACGGGCCGCGCGCUUGUGCACUCGGCGCUGCAGCUGCUCCAAUCGCGUGCCGCCGUCCCCUGGAGCGCGUACACGGGCAGGGACAACGCUGAGGCCGCAGAGGCGGAGGCCGCGGAGGCGGAGGAGGAGGCGUCUACCGGCGGUGCGCUCGUCGAGGAGGCGCCGCUCUGCCGGCUGCUGCGCAUCUCGCCCAGUCCCUGCGGCCUCGGCGCCGGCCUGCUCCGCCUGGCGCGCGGCUUCUUGCACGGCCCAAACCGGUCGCGCUCCAACCACUCCCUCUACGCCCUCGCGGUGGCGUUGGAGGAGAUGCUGCUCGCGAGUGCGGACGGGCGCGAGCUACAGGCCUCGACCGGUGCGGGGAGUUCGCUGAGCUCGAGAGGCACCGCCCCGCUCCGCCAGGCGAUGCAGGCGAUCCAAUUCUUGCAAGCGCCGGCGGGGAGGGCCGCGGCUGUGCACGUGUGCUCUCCGUCGUGCAUCACCAGCAACCUCUCGCGCGCCCUCCUUGCGGAGCUCAUGCACUUUCACAGACAUUGCGCCGGCAGCGGCGUCUCCGCUUUCCCCGAGGACGAGACGCGCCUCCACACGUGGACUGCGUUCGUCGAGGGCCCCGAAGGGACGCCGUGGCAGGACCGGCGGGUCCGGUGCACUCUCCGCUUCUGUCCAGCUUGCUGCGGCGGCGAGUGGCCGAACGUGGCGCCGAAGCUCAUCGUGAACCGUCCCGUCCCGCACCAUCCCAACAUAGACCCAUGCAGCGGCGCGGUCUGCAUGGACUUGCUGCGGGAUCGGGAUGCCUGGUCUUGCGCAGGCGGCGUGCGCGCCAUCCUCCUCUCCUUCCGCUCGCUGCUCGCCAGCCCGAACACUUCCGACGCCGCGAGCAUGCCCGCCAACCUCGCGGCGGCGGCAGACAUGCUCGGCAGGCCAGAGGCGUACCGCGAGACGAACGAGACGAUCGCGUUGGGCAUGCAGUGGGGCACCCAUGCCCGGCGGCCCCCCGCGGAGGCCUCUGAAAGCCCCACUCUCUGAACCCCACUCUCUGAUAGCCCCACUGCAUACCAGGCGCGAGUGACGCUCCAGAGAGUUUACCUCUGCGGAGGAUUUGUGCACGAUGAGCGAUAUAUCGACAUGAUGGUUGCCAAGGGCCCCCGAGCAAUGUGACCAAUAUGUUCCACAGUGCACAGAGGCCGAGGAUUUAAACGUGUACUGAACAGAUAGAUAAAUAUU